AUGUAUAUCUGUAAGCAAAAAUUAACCAUUACUAAUGAAAAAAAUGAUUCUGAGCGGAGUUCAAUUAAUAGUGUUGCUUUGCCAACAGUACGAGGUGUGGCUAUUAAAAAACGAGACUGUUCGCCUAGAAGGCGCUCUAGAUGGGUAGUGAAAAAAACGAGUAAUUUGGCACCGUGCGACUUUUUUUUGUUUCCAAAGAUAAAAUCUGCUUUGAAAGGGACACGGUUCGAGUCGAUGGAAGCGGUAAAGCAAAAAACGGCAGAGCUCCUAAAGGCCCUCACCAAAGAAGACUUCCAGCACUGCUUUGAUCAAUGGAAAAAAAGUAUGGAAAAGUGUGUGGCGAGGAGAGGGGAAUAUAUUGAAGGGGAGCAUUUGAAUGUAGAAUAA